AUGCUGGGCGAUCAGCAGGGGCAAAGGCUGGGCGAUCAGUGGAGGCACCAGCAGAAGCAGUGCAAGCAGCAGCUCGCUGAGCCGACCGGCAGUCAAGAACGAUGUGGUCAUUGCGUUUACAAUACACGCAAAAAUUCUUGCGACGACAGUGCUUUUGGAGGUGGCCUCUCUCGUGGCAGUGAUGGCACUCGAGCUCAGUCGUCGGGAUGCGGCGUUGAAACUGAGGCCUCUGGACAGCAGCAGCAAUGGACUGGGAUCAGCAGCUGUGGCAAAAACAGUUUCGCCCUCACCGGGACGAACAUCAAGUUGCGCCUGGGUACGCAGGCGCGUUUCUUCGCGGACGAGGAGGCCAAGAACGCCAUCAAACUUGAGGUCCUCCCGGUUGAGCAGCGUGGAGCGGAUGGCCUCGAACUCGGGCCGCAAUUUCAUGAGGAAUUGGCAUAG